AUGGACAAGGCCGUCGACACUCUAUGCUCGCCUCUGGCGUUACCACAAUUGACACAGCCCGCACCUACCCUGACUCAGAAGAAGCCAUCGACAAGCAGGAGAAACGCACACAGGGCUAUUCAGAAAGUCAACAUUGAGCAAUUCAACACCCUCUACAUGCACUCGCCCUCCGCCGACGUCCCGCUCGAAGACGCCCUCGUCGGCAUCAAUGAAGCCCACAAGCUCGGCUUCUUCAGACGCUUUGGCCUGAGCAACUAUGCGCCCCGAGACGUGCAGCACGUGCACAACCUCGGAAAGGAAAAAGGCUACCCGCUCCUUGAAGUAUUGGAACCCUUCAAUCUAACAAAUAAACAACAUGAGGAGGAAUAUAGACUAAUUGUAUUACUAUCGCACAAAAACAUUGUACAAAGUCUAGGGGCAGAUAACUAA